CUAAGCUCUUAGAAAAGGAAUUCUAGGUAGCCAACUGGAGCGUUCAGAUACUGUGAGGCAUCCCUCUGCUUACACGCACCCUGUAUCGAAGGCGAUAGACGCCUUCACCUCGUAAUCUCAAGGCUUAGACUGCUCCACAACCUAAAGCAAGCACAGCUUUUCAGCGACCCCACACCCUCGCGACAAACAUGACUGUCAACGCAGCAGAGGCUGCCGAGCAGCAGGUAGAACAGAUUCAAGCGACAGAAAAGCCGCUGGAGGAGGAGCAGCAGUGGGAGCAGGAUAUUCCGGAGCACCAGACCUCGGAGCAGGAGCAGCCGCAAGCCAAAAAUGCGCUGCAGGCCAACAUUGAGGAAAAGCGCGAGCGCUCCUACUACUACGCCCACGCGCCACGUAGUACGAGCGAGGAGCCGGCGCCACCGCCCGUGCCCGUGGUUCUGGAGCGCUCCGUGGCUGAGGUAACGCCCUCCGUGGUGACUAUUUUCAACUACGCCUGGGCCGACGACGGUGAAGUGGUCAAAGUCUACAUCCCGCUGGAAGGUGUGGGUGAGAAAUGCAGCGACGACGACAUCAAGGCCACGUUCGAGACUCGACUUUUCCAGGUUGAUGUACACGGUUUCAAGCCUGGGCAGGUUCAGCGAUUAUUGAUCAGCAAGCUGUCUGGUGAGAUCUCCCCGGAUGGAUGCCGGGCACGUAAGCUGGCCAACAAGCUGGUGGUGACCCUCAAGAAAAUGGGAAGCUCAAAGUGGUACAGCUUGCGGAGUAACGCGUGAAGAAGUCAGGGGUCGGGUCCCUCGUGUGCGAAUGUGAAGCGCCGCGCCGUGCGAUUGGAUUUCCAUAGGAUGCAAGUAGUGAGUGAAGUGCUUCGGGAGGAAAGUGGGGUGGGAACGGGAGAGAGAAAAGGUCGGGAGUUUAGCUUGAAUUUUGUCGGUUAUGUGCUUGCUGAGACAGAUUUGUCCGACAAGUGCGGUGAGCGGUGGUGGCAUUGGUAAACGAAACUUGUGAAACGCCAAUUGUUUUAUAUACCAUAUUUGUACGCGACUACGUACGUGUUCGACCUAAGGACGGGACUAUAGAAUAGAAAUGAUGCCGACAGAUGAGUUGGUUGCGACUGCAUAAACUAAUGAGCCAGUGAAUCAUUACUAAUCAGAUCGGAUUC